GCCAAUUCUUCGAGGACGAACAGGACCGCCACCAUGCUUGCUGCACGACCUGCUACCCGCGCGGCCUCGCGCCUUGCUACGCAGCUGCGCGCCCCCGCUCAGCGACGUUUUGCCAGCACCGCUGAGAACGAGUUCAUCAAGGAGCGCCAGCACAUCAAGGAUCACGCCAAGGGCACGACUGACUUGUGGAAGAAGAUCUCCAUCUACGCCGUCAUCCCUGCUCUGGCUCUCUCUGGUGCCAAUGCCUGGUAUCUUUGGAAGGCUCACUGGGAGCACUGGGACCACAUGCCCCCUCUGGAGGAGCGCACCGAAUACCCCUACCAGAACAUUCGCACCAAGAACUACCAGUGGGGCGACGGAGACAAGACUCUGUUCUGGAACGAGUCAGUCAACUACCACAACAAGGACAAGGUCGCGUAAGAGGGUAUUCGCAUCGGCCAGGAUUAUGUGUUGCUAGCUGCAGUGAUAGACGAUUUCCUGGGUUACCCACCCUUGUACAAGUUCCCUUUGUUCAAUUGACAAUGGUGUUGAUAAUGGUCGUAUUGUGCCUCCAAUGGGCAACUCAUCGGUGAUAUACUCAAUGGCACACUGGUUUGCGAUAUUCUCGAGGAAGCUGGAGCAGCAAGAGGAAAGCCGUCCAGGACGCAAGGUCGGCUCAAAAUGCGUGGCUCCUUGAGGUAGACUAGCGAGUCCUACAUACGUUAUUUUCUCAAGACACAUGUCAACUAUCGCUGUUUAGCAG